AAGCUUGAGAGCACUGGCAUUGUACCGAGAUGACAGGGUUCUGAUACACAUGUCACUGGCUACUGCUGCUUCAGAGUCAAGAACUGUGAAACCGUACCUCUGAAGGCAAGAUUCCUUGAAUUGGAAACAACAGGUGCCUCUAGACUGAACAUGCUGUUGGCCGGACCAGCUAAAUCAGGAAAGGCAGCAAUGUGACUGGUGUUCGUGACAUGCAGUUAACAGAAGAGCACACAGCUUCCUCCCACAGGGAAAGAACAACCUCUUGUGUGAAGGCUGGUAGCUCAUAUGCCGCUGCCUGUCAGAGAUAAAUUUGAAGAACAACUUUCCAUUUAUAAAGAAGCAACUUUCCUUUCUUUUUUUUUUUUUUUGAUUUGUCUGACAUACAGGAAGAGAUAUGUCUCCUUUUCUACGUAUUAGCCUUUCGAAUUUUGAUGCUGUUCCAGUUAAUGGGGAGGGAAAUCAAAGACAUUACUGCGCUGUUAUUAUAAAGGAAGCUGUGGAAACAGAAAAUGGGAAAGUGCUCAUCCAGAAGAAACCUACCAUGUAUCCUCCAUGGGACAGCACAUUUGAUGCCCAUAUUAACAAGGGAAGGGUGAUGCACAUCAUUGUAAAAGGCAAACCAGGUGGGGUGGUCUCAGAAACAACCGUAGAAUUAAACUCGCUGGCUGAGCGCUGCAAAAAGAACAAUGGGAAAAUAGAGAUUUGGAUAGAGCUGAAGCCACAAGGCAGAAUGAUAGUUAAUGCAAGAUACUUCCUGGAACAAUCAGAUCCUAAGGAGCACUUUGAAGAUGACUCCAGUCAUUUUGCUUUACAUCAGCGACGUGGGGCUAUGAAACAGGCCAAAGUUCACCAAGUCAAGUGCCAUGAAUUUACAGCCACUUUCUUCCCUCAACCAACUUUUUGCUCAGUUUGCCAUGAAUUUGUUUGGGGGCUUAACAAGCAAGGAUACCAAUGCAGACAGUGUAAUGCAGCAAUCCACAAGAAAUGCAUUGAUAAAGUCAUUGCUAAAUGCACGGGGUCUGCAGUCAACAGUAAAGAAACAGUGCUUCACAAAGAAAGAUUUAAAAUUGACAUGCCACACAGAUUCAAAGUCAAUAAUUACAGAAGUCCUACUUUCUGUGAACACUGCGGGACACUGCUGUGGGGUCUUGCACGUCAGGGAUUAAAGUGCGCUGAGUGCAAUAUGAAUGUUCACCACAAAUGUGCCGUGAAAGUUGCAAAUCUCUGUGGGGUUAACCAGAAGUUAAUGGCAGAAGCUCUGGCAAUGAUAGAGACUACCCAACAGGACAGAAGACAGCGCGAUUCAGAAUUUAUUUACAGGGAAGGGCCUGUUAAUGUUGGUCCCACAACCAAUACACAAGACCAGCCUAUAGUAUUAUCUAUAAAGAAAGAAUCACAAGGUAUUUCUUGGGAAUCGCCAAUUGAAAGUAUAAAAGUCCAAGAGUCACCUCCAGAGCCAGAACUGAAAAUUGAACAGUCAAGCUGUCAGAUUAAAGUGACCUUCUCAGACUUCGUUCUUCAUAAAAUGCUGGGGAAAGGGAGCUUUGGAAAGGUAUUUCUCGCUGAACUAAAAAGGACAAAUCAGUUUUUUGCCAUAAAAGUCCUGAAGAAGGAUGUGGUUCUUAUGGAUGAUGAUGUUGAGUGCACUAUGGUGGAGAAAAGGGUUCUUUCACUUGCAUGGGAGCAUCCAUUCCUCACCCAUCUUUACUGUACAUUCCAAACAAAGGAGCAUCUGUUCUUUGUCAUGGAGUACCUUAAUGGCGGAGAUCUUAUGUUCCAUAUACAAAGUUGCCAUAAAUUUGAUCUUCCCAGAGCCACCUUCUAUGCUGCUGAAAUCGUGUGCGGUCUUCAGUUUCUUCAUUCUAAAGGAGUGGUGUACAGAGACCUGAAGCUAGAUAACAUACUCUUGGACAUGGAAGGACACAUAAAAAUAGCAGAUUUUGGAAUGUGCAAGGAAUCCAUGUUGGGAGAUGCAAAAACAAGCACUUUUUGUGGUACUCCAGAUUAUAUUGCCCCUGAGAUUUUGCUUGGACAAAAAUACAACUAUUCAGUCGACUGGUGGUCAUUUGGAGUCCUUCUGUAUGAAAUGUUAAUUGGCCAGUCACCAUUUCAUGGCAUAGACGAAGAAGAAUUGUUUCAGUCUAUUCGCAUGGACAACCCGAUGUACCCUCGCUUUCUCAGUAUGGAAGCUAAAGAUAUUUUAAUCAUGCUCUUUGUGAGAGAACCUGAAAGAAGGCUUGGAGUAAAAGGAGAUAUUCGUCAGCAUUGCUUCUUCCAGCACAUUGAUUGGGGACGACUGGAAAACAGAGAAAUUGAGCCACCAUUUAAACCUAAAGUGAAAUCUGCAGAUGAUUGGAGCAAUUUUGACAAGGAGUUCUUAAAUGAAAAACCCAGAUUAUCAAGUUCAGAAAGAACGUUAAUAAACAGCAUGGAUCAAAAUAUGUUCAAUAAUUUUUCAUUUGUAAAUCCCAAAAUGGAAGCAAUUGUAUCCUGAGAGAUCUCCAUUCUGAACUCAUGGCUGAAAAAGACAUUUCUUUUAAUCUGUGAACAUUGGAAAGGCCCUGCAAAUGUCAAUGCAAAUCGAUAUCAUUGUAUAACACAAAUACAGUUUUGUAUAUUUUUAAGUACAGGUUAUAUUUGUGGGUGCUAAAUGGUGUAACUAUCUUGGUUUGGUUAGAAGAGGGCAGGACUUUUCUUACUGCAGAAACGACGCCUCCUUGAUUAUCAAAGCAGGCUUUACCCUUGACCUGUCCUUCAAAAUUAUCCCCAAAAAUUCUAUAAUGGCAUUAUUUUAGACCCCCUACAUAUAUGUGAUUAACACACCUUGUCUAUGUCUUUAAGGUAUAUAUAUAUUAGUCUUCUUCUAAAAAUGUAUAUGUUCUCCGGAAAGGGGUAUGUUCUAUAUAGUCAUUUUUAGUUUUCAGUGGUGUCUGGAAAUUUGACAUAGCAUUGGUAUCCAAUGAUCUCAGUUUUGGUUCAUCAGAUAAACAAUGAAGCUGAAAAUCAUUAUUGCCAUACCUCAUAGUUGUACAGGUUUAAUAAGAACAGUGCUAAAAUAUAGGUGGGAUUUGACAUUUAAAGUUGCAUAGGAAAACAAUAUGCGGCUAAAAAAAUGGUAUUUAGCAUUAAGUAUAGUGUGUACCUAUAAAAUGCUUGUAAAUAAAAGUAUGUUGCUAUUUUAACCCUAUAUAUUAAAUUAAUUUAUUCCCCAAGG